AUGCUCCAGAAUACUCUCCCCACGCUUCUGGGCCUGGCAUCCAUUUCUUCCGCUGCGCUUUACGAAACCAAGAUUGAGACCAAAUAUGGCUCGGUCCAGGGUUAUCCGGCUUUCAACAGCAGCAAUACCGGCAACCUGACGCACUGGAAAGACAUCACUGUGUGGAAGGGCAUUCCGUUUGCUGCGACCACCGGAGGUGCCAAUCGUUGGAAAGCACCGCAACCCGCAAGUCCAUGGAACGGAACGCUUGACGCGCGCAACUGGGGCCCUGUCUGCCCUUCUGCUACGACCGGAGACAACAGUUACACCAUUAACGAGGAUUGCCUCAAUUUAAACAUUUGGAGUCCAGCAAACUCUACCGAUGCCAAGCUGCCUGUGGUCAUGUGGAGUUCUCCCGCCGAGUCAACUGCGGCAGAUCCUCUCUUCGACGGCGGUGGUAUGGCUGACAAGGGGAUUGUCUUUGUCAAUUACAACUACCGGACUGGGCCUUUUGGAUGGCUUGCCCACUCUGAGCUCUCGGAAGAAUUUGAGAAGGUGACUGGGUCCAACAGCUCAGGUAAUUGGGGAAUGCUAGAUCAGUUCGCUGCUUUGAAAUGGAUUCAUGCCAACAUCGAGGCCUUCGGUGGUGAUCCGAACCAGAUCACAGUCCAGGGUCAAUCGGCAGGCUCUGCGGCCACCCAGCAUAUACUCUACAGCAACUUGACCAAGGGGCUGAUUGUUGGUGCCAUCAUUGAGAGUGGUGUCCGUGACCCCCAUGACCCCCUUUGCACUAGCCUUGCCGAGGCUUAUACUACGCUGGAAGAUGCGCUGGAUGAUGGCAAUACCUACCUCUCGAAUCUGGGAGUGUCCAGUAUUGCCGAAGCCCGCAACCUCAGCAUGGAGGCAUUGAUUGACGGAGCGACUGGGUCCACUCUCGAAGAUACCAUCAUGUUCGAGGCAGUCCUUGAUUAUUACGCCAUGCCCGAUACCUACCUCAACAUCUUGAAGAAGGGCCUUGCCCACGACGUCCCCGUCAUCACCGGCAACAACAAGGACGAGAAUGGCGCUACCUACGGCCUCGACAUCUCGCUCGCGGAGUACCUUGAGGAUCUCAACGAAACUUACAGUGGGGAGUGGGUUGAGCGGUUCUUUGAUCUCUAUCCGGCCAAUGACUCGACGACCGCUUCAAGCGCAUACAACUCUAUGUUCACCGACCGCUCCAAGGUGGGCACCUGGCUCUGGACCCAGAUGUGGUACACCAAGAAGAGCAGCGCGGUUUGGAACUACUUCUGGGACCACGCUCCCCCUGGCCAGAGCUCUGGCGCUUAUCACGAGUCGGAAAUCAACUAUAACGACUACUGGGCCAGCUUCAUCAAGACCAGAAACCCCAACACUCAGGCCGAAGGUGCUACCGAGUGGCCCGCAGUGAACACCUCCAAGCUGGUGCAGCAUGUCGGCGAUGGAUGGGGUCAGAUUCCGAUUGCCUGGAGCAAGAAGGUCAAGCUUUUUGAGGAUUGGUUUGCCACCCUUGUGGCAUACUGA